GACAAAGACAGGGACCACACAGCCUCAAGUUCUCCAGCUCACACAACUCCACGAAAGACACACAUGACGGUAGGAGAUCAACCCAUACCAAACGAUCAUCAUGCCACCAUCACAGACUUAUAUGCUGCUAUAGAAAGCACGUUUCUCAGAUCUGUCUGCGUGACCACAGAGAAAAAGCCAUUGGAUGAUAAUCUGCGCGGAUCUGGAGGACACGAGUAAAUAGACAAGAGGCGUAAGAAACAAACGGGGAGCGACUCAUUGAACACCGUGGUUUUCUUUGAGUGUAACGUUUCGAGUCCACACCAGGAUUUUGUUUCGUUGUAGACAACACAUUUUGCACGGAAGGACCUGGAUUUACCGGAGGGAGAGUCGGAAAGCUCCGUUUUAUUGAGCCAUGAAGAAGAACAGUUCAACAAAGCGGGGCCCUCAGGAAGCCAAUCAACAGCCCGCGCAGCCUGACAAAACUGGCUGGAUUCGCAAGUUCUGUGGCAAAGGAAUUUUCAGGGAAAUUUGGAAAAACAGAUUUGUUAUACUGAAAGGAGACCAGCUCUACAUUUCUGAAAAAGAGUUGCUUGGAGGCAUGGACGAGUUACAUGACAUGCCCUCAUCCUCGAAAACCAUGAACAAAACUACACAACGUAAAAGAAAAUAUGAUCCAGACUACAAAAUAAGGGUCAAAGAUGAGAAGAAAAUCCAGGAGGUGGUUGAUCUCACUGACUACGAGAGGUCUGAGGAACUUCGCAAGGCCAAAAGCAGGAGCAAAAAGAACCACAGCAAGUUCACGCUUCUGCGCUCACGGCAGCCAGGCAACACGGUUCCAAAUCUGGUGUUUUUGGCCGUCAGUCCAGAAGAGAAGGAGUCAUGGAUCAAUGCUUUAAAUGCAGCGAUCACUAGGGCCAAGAAUCGCAUAUUGGAUGAGGUGACGGUGGAAGAGGACAGCUUGUUGGCCCAUCCAACGCGUGACAGAGCUAAGAUACCCCACACUCGCCGUCUGCCCACCCGCGGGCACCUCAUGGCUGUGGCUUCUACCACAAACUCGGAUGGCAUGCUGACACUUGACCUCAUCCAGGAAGAAGAUGUCCCCGCAGCACAGGGUCAGGACUCUCAUGAGGAUACCCUCGAUAAAGCCGGUUCUCAGCGUACCCUAGAUUCCCAGCGCUCCAAUACAGACACCUCAAAGCUCUCAACAUGUAACGAGACCCCCGGAAAGUCCCAGAGUCUGCCGCGGAAAAGCGAGAGUGCCUUUGACUGGUCGGAAAACCAUCGGACACCGCAGCUCCGCAAAAAAACACCUACAUCCGAGAAGAACCGUUGCGCUUCCAUGGACGAGAUCCUCACACACUGCGAAACGCGGGCCCUUCCACACUGCUCGACUUCAGCGCCAGUGCAGCCCAUCAGCCAGCUCCAGGACCUCAUCACCCAGAAGCUGGAGAGAACGCAAGAAUUGCUGACAGAGGUGCGGGCACAGGGCAAGGGGAAGGGAUCGCCGCCUGGAAAGAGCUCCAGCCCAGAGGGUCAACGGAUGGAGGCGGAGAGGCUUCUGGAGGAAGCAGCGUCCACUUGGGGGCAGGCUCGUGACGUACUGGAAGAAGUGAAAGAACUCAGAGCUUUAUACAAGCAGCUUGACUCAGCCUCUUCCGCCACACCCGGUCCUUCACAGAACGGCAAACUAAACAGCCCUCAACAAGAAAACCACCGGAAAAGCAUGAUGUGAGGACACAGAAAGUCCUCUACGGUUUAAUGGCGUCGUUUUUCAACAGACUCUUCCUGUUGACUGCUUUAGUAUUGCUGGAAUCAAAUAACAUGAGCUAUACGUGUAUGUAUGAAUUGUUAAAGAGCUUCCUAAUAUCAGCGUCAGAGCAAAAAUACGAGGGACCGGUGGUUUUACCAAACACAGUCUGUUGCGUUGUACCCUGCGGUAUCGUUUUUCACAGUGAUGUCAAUAGGGACAGUAAACGCACGGAGUCACCGAGCGGCCCAUCAGCGUAAGACAGGGUGAGAAACACCACAUGGCGGUGAUGUUGUUGUCAUCUCCAGCCUAUCACAAUGUGAAUGUUUUCCUUCUGUUUCAUAAUACACUGGAAGAGCUUUGUUUCGAAAUGGUCACAGACCCCGAGGUCUAUUUUACUCCCUGGGUCAUUUUUUUAUGUAAUAAUAAUAAUAGUAAUUCCCAGCACACUUGCUCUGCUGUUAACAAAAACCAAGCUCAUAAUAAGAUGCAAUCAGGGUGCAGCCAAAGGCUAUUGGCGGAAAGCUCAUGGAUAAUGGAGCAUGUGCUGUGUCCGGCAGUGCUCUGUAUCCCAUCAGAUGGGCUCUAAUUGUGAACAAAGCCAUGAACAUUAACACAGAUGACGUCUGGUGCCAGAGUUGCUGCGGAAAGUGGAGGAAGAAACAGCUGCCAUUAAAGACGAGACUCCAUGCAGUAAAGGAAACGAUUAAUAAUAAUUACACAUUUGCACUAUGGAGAAUGCUGUAAAACGAGAGUGACACUGGCAAGCUAUCUUUUCAAACCUAAGAGGCAGAACAGACAAUCUACUGUAGGUAGGGAAAUAUGGGUCGUGUAGCUCCAAGUCUUUACACCUAAGUGGUAUUUCCGAAAAUGUUGGUAUCUUUCAAAAUCAAAAGCUGCCUUAGCGUAUUUUCAUAAGGGCACAUGCAAACUGCAUUUUGAACUCGUCAAAGACUCUGAACGCUUGUAUAUUUUAAUUUUCGAAAAGUUCGCCUACAAGUUGCCUGCACCUCAAGAGAAGCUUUUGAAGCAUGAUUUUAUUUUGCUUUGCUUUGCAGGAUUUUUGUCUUUGGGGAACUAUGCAAGGUUGCAUGGGUGAAUCUCACGAAACCAGUCAAAAUGUCAUGUGUCAUAUUUCACCCCAAAAUUUCUUUGAAAGAAACAAGAAAUUAUAUUUUGCUUAAAGAAAAUUAAGCUUAUUUUUUUUUAAAAUUUGGUUUAGUUUAUUUUUAUGACAAUGAAGCACAUAUCCCCACCCAACUGACCAUUCGCAAAGACCCGCCCCCUUUAGUUACUGUUGCUACGUCCGACAAGCCAUGCUGCUCUCACACCACACUUCAUGUUCUCACGCAGUGAAAAAUACAUCGCGGAGCAAAGAGGACACUGACAACUCGUCGACAGACAAGACAGAGCAGGUUAUUUUUUAUAUGAAACAAGGUCUCAAAUUUCACAUGUUUUCAUUUUUAAGGAAAUUUAAACAGUGGAUACCAUUUUAUAGCUCUUUAAUGUGUCGUGACAGAUCGCUGUAGUGCCUCAGUUCAAGCAGCUCGUGAACCGAUCAUCUCUUCCUACUAGUUCAUUUAUAGAGUCAAAUAAACAUGAAUGAACAUCAUAAGGAAUGUUGUUUCAACCGCGGAAAGAUGUCAGUACACACAAUUUUUCAAGUUCAAGUCCACCGGCGUUAAUCUACUAACUCCCCUGACUGCUUUGUCGGACAAAAUGGCGGAUUCUGCGUUAUGAUUGGUUAGAUCGCCUGUCAAUCAAACUCCGGCGAAGGGUCAAUUCUCAUUAUCGUAAUGCAAAAAAUUGUCAAGCAAGUACUGUCGAGCUUCCUUUUGCCAUAUUUGAGUGCUCUAUGUAUGUUCACUGAUUAACAUUUAUAUGAGAAUAAAAGCCUAAAUUAAAUCAAUCGUGUGUCUUCAGAAGACUUGAAACUGCUCGAUUCAUAUGGAUUUCUUUUAGAAUCUCUUUAUGAACAGUUUAAACCAUCAAGAGUUUUGGGUGCAUAGACUUUCAAUGGAGGGACAGAAAUCUCUCAGAUUUCAUUAAAAACAUCUUAAUUUGUGUUUUAAAGAUGAAUGAAAGUCUUGAGAUUGAGGACACAAUUUAAAUUUUUGGGUAAACUAACCCUACAAACAUCAUAAUGCAUCCAUUUAUGCUUAUAAAAAAAAAAUAAAAAUAACUUUAUUGUUAUACUAUAAAACAAUUAGAAUAUAAUGAGAAUUAUAAGUAGGGAAAUGUGCAUAAUUGUCAAAGACGAAAAGUAAAAAAUCAUGGUCAUUUUAAUUAUGCAAAAUAAAAAAAAUUUGGGUGUAAAAUGUGACUUGGACAUGUUUCAUGAGAUUCCCCCACAUAUAAGUUUGAAAUAAUUCACAGGUAUCAGGAUUCACUGGCAGUGUGCAGUACGGUAUUGCGUUAAACGACCAAAGGGUAUGUCUUGCCAGUAUAAAACACCUUGUUUUACAGUUAGUAGCUAAAUAAUGUGUUUGCACAAUUCUAUGGGUACAGGUCAACCUGUUCUGUUACGAAGACUUGAUUAUAAACAGUGUUAUAUUUUUUGUACAUUUUAUUGUAAAGUGCUUUUUUUGUAGAGAAAGACUUUGAGGAGAGUUUUUGCUUUUAAAACGCUUGAUUUAGAAAACCACUUCCCUGGAAACGCAACUCCACUGAACAUUCCUCACUUCUGGAAUUUUGUCAUAAAAAAAAACUGUAAAUCUCCAUUUCCAAAGGUAAUAAAGCACAAAGCCUAUGGCAGUCCUUAGCUUUUUUUUUUUUUUUUUUUAAAGUACAGGUAAAUGAUUCAGUUUUAUUCACUACCCCUCACAUUUUAAGUUCUAUUCUUAUCAUAUUAUCGCCACACAGAUGCCAAAGGUUUUCUGUACCUCAUACGCUCGUAUCUCAAACAGAGCAAUGUUGUGUGAUCUUUUCAGGUUUAAUCAGAUGAACUGGUUUUGUUUGGUCAGCUGGCUGUGUUAUGAUCUGAUUUUUCUGACAGUGCCAGCGGAAGGUGAAUCUAAUUACCCGAGCAUCUGUCAGGUAGCCAGGAUCAGCAGGGCUCAUAUUAGAUUACCUCAAAACCAAUCCUGACAUCUUUCCUAUCCCACAGGUCCUAUCACAUAGGAUAACAGAAACCCAGCCAAAUUACUCCUGUACUUUGAUAGUCAUACAUUAAAUUUGUCAUUUAUGACACGUUUACUCUAUGUUGACAUCAUAAACCAUGUGACUGCUUAGAGCCGAUGUUUCAUUCAUGCUUUUUUGAACUAUUUAUGUAUGCCAUAAGAUUGUUCAUCCGUUGUUUCUAUUUUAACUUCACCAGACCUUUGAUAAAAUGUGAAUGUGAAUGAAGAGGAAAACCUCUCAUUUGGUUCUUGACUGUGUUAUUGUGGUCAGACUAGUAAUUUUGCAUAGGGAUGUUGAAUUUGUGUGAGCUAGUGCGUCAGUGCUACAACUGCCACUGGAAAAAAGACUUAUGCAAUCAGAAAGGAACAAACAAUUAAUUUCACCUACUUCAAAUGACAGACUCUGGCUAUUUUAAGAUUUGAAAUGCACAUUUAUACAGAAGAAAACCUGAAUGUUUUUGGAAUUUUGCGAUUCCGUCAUCCUCACAAACACAAUCUCUCAGAUGGACAUUUCAUUACAAGCUGCUGGUAAACAACUCAGAUACUCAAUUGUCUUUUCUGCUCUUGCUAAUCACAUUUAUAUGGAAAACUGUAAAUCUCUGUGUACAUUAUUUCAUAUUUCUGUAGCUAAUUGUAAAUGGGGGUCAGUUUGCAAUGUGGAGAGCAGAACCCUGUUAGUGGGUGUUUGUAAGCUCAGGACUGGCGAAUCUCUGAUGUACUUGAGACACAACCACUUGUGCAAUUAAAGUGAUCCUCACGUAA